AUGUCGAGCAAUGCUUCAAAGAAGACCUUUGAAUACAACCACAGCAACAAAUCGAGCACGGGAUACAACAAGACAAAGAAGCACCAUCGGACCACGUUAGGAAGAAAUGGGUCAUCAAAUCAAUUGCCGAAUUCAAUAUUGAACGAUUCGCAAGGAAAUUUACGGCCGAAGGAAUGGACUGAAGCCCACAACUUUCUAACAACGACAUCGACAAGUGUUGUGAACAAAUCUGUGGGAGAGGUUUUAGACGAGUUGAAUAACGUAUCAUAUCCCGUGAAAAAUUUAGAUAUCGAGUUUUGUGCAAGUGUCAUCCUAUCCAUUUCAGAAUAUCUAACACAAAAUCCUCAAGAUUUACUCAUUUCAAAAUUAUGUCAAUUGAUCUCUACUCUCUCCGUAAAACAUGAAAUCCAAUUUUCGAAAGAAACAGGAGGAAAACUGCUUAUGAAUUUGAUCAGUUUUGUUUCAUCUUCUUCGUCCUGGCUUUUGGCGGAUUGUUUAAGAACUUUGAGCUUUAUAUUGUAUGACAUGGCUUCAAAAUAUUCACAAGAAGUUCACAACUCUGUGCUCGCCGUUGUGAUUCCCCAAUCUAAGGUGUCAAUUUCGGAUAUGGAGGUGAGGAGACAAGCGAUCAAUUGCCUCGUAAAUAUUUUCUCAAAAGCAUCUCCUGAAUUUCUCUCUCCUUAUUGCAAAACUGUUUAUUUAUCAAUGUUCCAAAAUUUUGAAAUUUUGGCUCGGAAUAUUUCUGUAGAUAGUGGACUACAAAAAAUAUUAUUUUCAGUAAUGAAAACUCUCACUUCCGUCAUUCAAAUUGGAGAAAGAGUUCAUGUUCAAGACGUUGAGAAAAUUGUGACACAUUUAACACGAUUGAUGUUUUUUGGUACCAAUUUUUUCCCAGCCUCUCAGACAUCCAACUCUUCAAAGAAAGACUCCAAUGGAUUUGCUUCCGAUUCGGAUUACUCUGACUCUGACUUGCCACUUGUAAAUAGAGAAUCCAUCAAAAUUCGUCUUCAAAGUUUGCAAUUAUUUACUGUACUAGCCAAAAAGGAUUUUAAAUCAUUGUUUUCACAAUGGAAAGCUUUUAUUCCUGAGAGAGACAGUUUGAAUCCAAACCCUAAAUUCAAGCAAACACUGUCUACAACAAUUUUAUUCGAUCCAUCCUCAAAAGUUCGAUCUACAGCUGUACAGGCUCUUGCUUCCAUACUUGAGAACAGUGAGUUGUAUUUAGCUCAAGCUAGCGAUGUUAGAACCAAGUCUUCAGCUUUUACGUCAUUCUCACAAAGUCUGGCUCUCAUGAUCAAGGAACUGCACCAUACUUUAAUUUAUUCGAUCCAACAUGAAACUUUACCAGUUUUACCUUUAUCCAUUAGGACUCUCUCAUUACUCAUUGAAAACACACCUUACUUAAAAAUGGAUUGCGAAAGCCUAUUGCAAAAAAUAGCAGAAAUGUUAGUUGCGAAUGUAACCUCAGGGCAUGUGGAUAAAACCGUUCAAAAUCAGUCAUUUAUGUGCCUUGGCUCAUUGUUUGGCACAAAGGAACCUUUAAACGAGGUUGGAACAAUAUUAUCAGACGCUAAGCUCAACAUUAUUGUAAAACUUAUUAAUUACCUUUCAGACGAAUAUGUGUAUAUUAUAAGAACAGAAUCUGCCCAAGUACUAGCAAAUAUUGCCAAAAACUAUCCAGAUUUUCUUUGGAACUACUGGGAUAUUAUUUUACAAAAGAUACGACUAGGUCUCAAUCAUCAUGAUCAAACAUUAAGGUUGACCCUAAUUCAAAUUAUUAAUAACUUUACAUCUCCUUUCAAUGAGUCUAAAAUUCCAGCUGUGUCCAUUAAAAAACCAGUCGGUGGGUUCAAUACUCAUCAACUCACAGAGACUAUUUGGGAAAAGAUUACCGAUACUGUUCUGGAAUUCGCUAUUGCUGACAAUAAUCAGACAAUACGGUCCGCAGCUGUUUCUAUAUUCUCUAACAUUAUUCCAGAAACAUUUGAAACUUUUGGAGAUGGCCUUUCUGGUCGAAUCAUAUCAUUAGUGUUUUCAACGAUGAAGGAUGAAUCACCAAAUGUGAGACAAUCUGCAUGUCGUACAGUUGGAGUUUUUGUCUUGUUCAACAGACUGCAAAAUGAUUAUAACUUUUUGAAGAGAGCAUUGGAAGAUUUUAAGACAUUGCUGUUGGACCCUUCUUUGAACGUGAGAGUGCGAGCAUCGUGGUCACUUGCAAACUUGUGUGAUUCCUUACGACUCUCAGAAAAUAUCAAAGACAACAAUACUGAUUUAGUGCUACCUAUUUUGAUAUCAUGUCUAAAUUCAUGUAAUGAUAAUGACAAAGUACUAUGUAAUGCUGUGAGAGCACUAGGAAACAUUUCCAACUUUGCAAAAAGAGAAAUUUUAGAGCAUGAUAUAUUCAAAUUGGAUAGUAACAAGUACAGUUUAGAGCCAAACUUACGUGCCACUCAAUCCAUGACCAUAGAGAACUUUCUACUUGAAAAAUUUAUACAGACAUUGAAUUCGAAGGAGACUUCUGUUAAAGCACGAUGGAACACUUGCUAUGCACUUGGAAGCUUGCUUGGAAACGCUAAUAUUGCAUCUACCAGCACCAUCGAUACAGCAGUCAAUGUUUUAUGUGAUUUACUUUCAACUGAUGACAAUUUUAAGGUGAGAAUCCAAGCUGUAUUGGCACUCUCGUUGACAAAACACUAUGGAACGGAGUUGAACAAUUUCAAAGUGUGGAAGAGUUUAUUAGAAGCGCUACAGGUACUCUCAUCUGAUAAUCCCACAGCUCAAUAUUCAGAAUACAAGUACAUUAAGACUCUCAAGAAACAGCUCAUUUCCACUCUGGUUCAUUUUACGAACCAUGUGAAUCUAGAUUCCUUCAUUAGGAGCAGCGUUCAAGUACAGGAAUACAUGAUUGAAAAGGGUGGAGAAAUUAUUGCAUCUGCGUUCUCAGAUUGUGAAUGGGAAGAUUGUUACCAUGAGGCCAUCAAGAAACUACAAGUUUCAAUAUUGGACCCUCUCGAGUUGGAAGAAGAGUCAUCCAUGCUAGCUGGCGUUCUCAAAAGACAUACCUAUCAAUUCUAA